AUGACAGACGAGGACCAAAGGGCCCUGGCCGUGAAGACGGUUGCGGCCGUCUUCAUGUCGGUGGCAUGUUUAUCGGUAUUCUUGCGUUGCUAUGUCCGUGGUUGGGUGGUCAAGGCGUUUGGAUGGGAUGAUGGGUCGAUGAUUUUGGCAUUGGCAUUCUAUGUCAUGUUCGCCGCCUGUACGAUCGGUGGCACUUUGUACGGCACUGGGCAUAAGUUCGAGCACCUCACAGCAUCUGACCGGGUGAUUGCGAUGAAGUAUUGGUGGCUUUGCGAAAUUGCUUACUGCUUCGCCUCGAUCUUCUGCAAGAUUUCUAUCUGCCUUUUCCUCAUGAGAAUCACCAUCAGAAGACUCCACAUCUGGAUAAUUUACAUUGUUAUGGUCCUUACCGUCCUCGCAGGAUUGGUGUUUAUGUUCCUGAUGCUUCUACAAUGCAAGCCUCUUUCGUACUUCUGGACGCGGGCUGCUCUGGAUCCUAGCAUUGAGGGCUAUUGCAUCAGCAUCAACAUCAUCAUCACCAUGACAUACGUGUACAGUGCAUUCGCAGCGCUGUGUGAUUUUACUGUUGGGAUCUUGCCCAUUUUCAUUGUGUACAAGCUACAAAUGAGACGAGAGAUGAAACUGGCUGUGGGAGGCAUUCUGAGCAUGGCUUGCGUUGCGUCAGCAGCCGUGGUUAUCAGGCUUCCAUACGUGAAAACAUUUGCCAAUCCUGAGUUCCUCUAUGCUACCGUCCCGAUCGCCAUUUGGUCGAAUACUGAGGCUGGCCUUGGUAUCACCGCUGGUAGUCUCGCAACCCUCCGUCCUCUAUUGCGUGUUUGGCUUGGCUCUCACGCCGACUCAAAAUAUCCGUCUGGCUUCCCGAGAGCAUCUGCGUCACACAACCGAGGUAAUUCGGGACGGCUGAUACCAUUGGGGUCAAUGGAUGAGAACCUGCAUGGAGACUUGAGACCGGAUAAAUUGGCUGUCAUGGUGAACAGUAUCGAAAGCCGGAGAGACGGGGAGAACACGACCUCAUCUAGUCCGAAAAGCAGUGAAGAGAGGCUGACUCUUGACCAUGCGACACCCUCCGAUCAGGAAAAGCUGGAAGUGGGUAUUCAUCAAACAUUCGAAGUCACGCAGACGACGACUGUGAACAGGAAUUAUGGAGAAGGGUCUCAUCGAAACGUGAGGGAACAUGUGUAA